AUGAUCAUUCAUCAUUAUGAUUAUGUAAUACAUUCACCAUUGAUUACAUUAUCAUUAUCUAAACUAUAUUUUUAUAUCAGCUUUCUAUUCUACUUUAUAUUAUGCUUAUCUAUUCAUGAGAAUACAAUACAAAAUAUCAGUGAAUUAACAUUUACAAUAAAAGAAGAAUUACCCAUAGGUACAAUUAUUGCAUCAAAUAUACAAUUAGGCAAUUUAUUUUUACAUUUUAAUCACUAUGGUAACAUUGAAAAUAUGACAAAUAUUAUUAAAAUAUUAAAUCAAAAAGAUCCAGGUAUAAAUUGUUUUCAUUUUCAAUGGUUACCAUUAGAAUCAUUAAAUGAUUCGAAUAGAAAUCAAUUACAAUUGAUUAUUAAUAAUCGAAUUGAUCGUGAAAUUCUAUGUCCAAUUAAAACUCAUGAAUUACGUAAUAAUAAUAAUAAUAAUAUGAAUGAUCCUAAUCAUCUUGAUCUGGAUCAUAUCAAUGAUCUACAAUCCAUCAAUUCUGAUUGUAUAAUUACAUUAAGAAUAGCAUUAUUUAUAAAUAAUCUACAAAAAAUUUAUCAAAUUCAUAUUUAUAUAGAAGAUAUUAAUGAUAAUCCACCAAAAUGGAAUAUUAAUAAUCUAACAAUCUAUUUUCAUGAUGAAGAUCCACCAGGGACAAAACAAUCUAUAUUAUUAGCUUAUGAUAUAGAUAUUGAUAUCAAUGCUAAAAUUACAUAUCAAUUAUUAAAUAAUGAUAUUUAUUCUUAUCAAUUGAAUGAUAGAAAUUAUAAUCAUUAUAAUAAUAAUAAUUUAAAUUUACGCGGUACCGAUAUAUUUGAAUUAGUUCAAGAAACAUUGAAUCAUGAACGUUUAUAUUUAAAAACACGAUAUACAUUAGAUCGUGAAUUAAAACCUUAUGGUUGGAAUUUAAUAUUAUUAGCUAUUAAUAAUGAUAGUUUAAUACAAUUAAGUAGUCAAUUAUUAUUACAUAUACAUUUAAUUGAUAUUAAUGAUAAUAGUCCUAUAUUUACACAAACAUUAUAUAAACCUCAAUUACCAAAUCAAAAAAUUGGUAUUAUCCCUGAAAAUUAUCCAAUCAAUAAAACAAUUUUAAAAGUAUCCGCUACAGAUAGAGAUGAAGGUGAAAAUGCUCAAUUAACUUAUCAUUUAGCCUUAGAUACUACUAAUAAUCAAUUAUUAUGUCAUUUUUUUAAUUUAACACAAAAUGGUGAAUUAUAUCUUAUUCAAUCAUUAAAUGUAGAUAGAAUAACACAAAUUAAUUCAACUCGUUUAUAUUUACCAAUAUCAAUGAUUAAUUUAGAUGUGAUUGUUAUAGAUGGUGCUAUGAUACCAUAUAGUAAAACUGGAUCAACUACAAUUCAAUUACAAAUAGAGAAUAUUGAUGAUGAACCACCGGAAAUCUAUAUACAUCCUAUUCAAUCUUUAAAACAACAACACCACGACCAACAACAACAACAACAAGAAGAUGAUCAUUCCAUAUUACAUAAUCACCGAUUUUAUGAAACAGAAAUUGGUGUAUAUGAAAAUCAAACUAUUGGACAAUUAAUUGCAUUAAUUGAAGUAAAAGAUCCUGAUGAUUUAAUGAAUCCAACUAGUAUACAAUGUCGAUUAAUUGGUUCUAAUUCUAAUGAUUUUUAUUUAUCUUAUCAUAAUUCAAUAAAUAAUGAAUAUCAAUUAUAUACUAAUACAAUAUUAGAUCGUGAAAUACAAUCUAAAUUAUUAGUCUCCAUUGAAUGUAAAGAUUUAGCUAAUCAUAUUACAUUACAUAAUUUGAUCAUACAUAUAUUAGAUAUAAAUGAUCAUCAACCACAAUAUGAUAAUGAACAAGAAGAUCAGGAUGAUCCUGAUCCUGAUCAUGGUGUAAAUUAUCGAUUGGAUAAAACAAUGAAAAAUCGUACAUGGUUAACAUCAAAUGGUUUAGCUUAUAUUUUAGCAACUGAUAAUGAUAUUGGUAUAAAUAGUCAAUUAAUUUAUGAAUUAUCUAAUGAAUCUAUUGAACAUUUCAAUUAUAAAUUUACAAUUCAUUCUAAUACUGGACAAUUAUUAGCAUGGGGACCAUUUGAUCGUGAAUCUAUAUCAAUUUAUGAAUUAUCAAUUAUAGUAAAAGAUAAUGGUUAUCCUAUACAAUUAAGUACAAAUUGCUUAGUAACUAUCAAUAUAUUAGAUAUUAAUGAUAAUAUACCAAUAUUUCAUCCACAAUUAAAUAUCCUUGGAGGUUAUUUAUUUCAUAUUAAAGAGAAUCAAUUACCCGGUACAUAUAUUGGACAAAUUCAAGCCUAUGAUUUAGAUGAUUUACCACCAUCCAUAGAUAUAACACAAUUAUUUCAUGAAUAUGAUCAAUCGAAUUCAUUAUUAGUAUUAUCAUCAUCAUCAUCUAAUAUCCAUAAUGUUAAUAAUGAUGAAUUGAAAGGUAUUCUAAGUAGUAUAGAUAAAAAAUUAACAUAUUCAUUAAAAAAUGAAUAUCAUUCACAAAUGUUUCGUAUUGAUCCUAAAACUGGAGUUAUUAUUACACGAACAAUACUAGAUCGUGAAAUUCAAGGAACAUAUACAUUCUAUGCAUAUGUACAUGAUGGUCCUGAUAAACCUAUUCAAAUAACAAAUACUACUGUUAAUAAAACUGAAAUUCAACGUACUAUUAAUAAUUAUCGUUCACAUACAGCUUCUAUCAUGAUUACAAUUACUAUACAAGAUGAAAAUGAUAAUGAUCCAGUAUUUAUUCGACCAAAUUCAACAAAUCAUAUGAUAUUAUUAAAUCCAACAGCUAUACCUGGACAAUCAUUAUCACAAUUAUUAGCAAUAGAUCCAGACGAAGGUUUAAAUGGACAAGUAUCAUAUGCAAUAAAAGGUGAAACAGCUGGAAUAUUAUUCAAUGUUGAUCCAAGAACUGGAUUAUUAUACCUAGAAAGUCAAAUACCAAGACAAUAUAUAACAAAUAAUAAACAAAAAACUACAAUAAAUAAUCAAGGAAAUGAUUUGAAUUAUCCAACAUUUUUAUUAGGAUUAGAUGCAUGUGAUCAUGGAGAACCAAGACGAUGUACACAUUUUCCAAAUCUUCAGAUACAGAUUCGCAGUUCAUCGAAUAUUAUUGACGAAGGGAAAUCAAAUGAAUACAGACAAACUGAUUUAUCUAUUAAUCAACAAAUCGAUGAUAUUUUUAUGUCUCAAUCAAGUCAUGGAUCUCUAUCAUCAUCAUCGUCAUCAUCAUCAUCAUAUGGUUCUGGUACUUCAACUACUUAUCUUGGAAGAUAUUCACUUGGUGAAAUAUUAAUCAUUGGAUUAUCUAUAUUCUUUUCAAUAUUAAUUUUAAUUAUUCUAUUUAUUAUUUGUAUUGUACGACGUAGAACUCAACGAAUAUUACAGAAUAAUGAACGAAUAAGUAAGCUGUUGUUACUAUUAUCAUUGUAA